CCAGGUAUACACCACGUGCAUACACGGUUGACAGUUGUCCAGGUUACAAAAACAACUUCAAGAUCAACAAGAACAACGAGGAAACAAGAAAAUAACACGUUGUAAUAAAAUUAACUUUUAUUCGACGUGUUUUCUGAUUGUUUCGAAUGGAUUUUGCCAGACGGCAACUAGAAAAAUAUGGCUGGAAAGAAGGCAAAGGACUGGGUAAAAGUGAAGAUGGAAUGUCCAGUGCUCUGAAGCCCGCUUUAAAAUUUGAUAAAACAGGAGUAGGACAUGAGGUUGGCAAAGAUUUCACCAACAAAUGGUGGGAAAAUGUCUAUGACAAUGCUGCUAAAAACAUUGAGGUUGUGAAAGGAGAAAAAGAAGUACAAGUUAAAAGACUUGACAAUGCAGACGAAGUGGAAAUCACCACCAAAGACUAUUCUGUUAGGGAUUUCAAGCAGAAGAACGGCUCAAUGGAAUAUGGGACAUUCCUCAAGACAUCCAUUUUAACUGAAGAAGGGAUGGUUAAGUAUGAUAAUGUUCAUGCACCUGAUGAGAGUGAAAAGUUUCCAGUUAAACAAUUAUCAGAUGAAGACUUGUUUGCCAUUUGUGGUGGAAGAACAGCACAUAAGGGUGCAAGACAUGGUUUAAAAUUAUCAGGAAAACUAUCACGCAUUGAAAAACAAGAAAAAAUGCUCCUCAAAAAGAUGCAGAAAGUCCACUUGAAUGAGGAACAAUCACCAGAGAUUACCACGUGCAAAAAGAAGUUAAAAAAGCUUCGCAAACUCUCAGAAUCCUUGAUGGAAACCACAGGUCACGAGGAUAAAGUUGAAGCGUCCACAUCUUCCAAGAUAUCGCAAAAAACUGAGACCAAAAAGAAGAAAAGAAAGAAAUCGGUCUCAUUCAGUGAGACUGUGCUUGAAUACACCGUGCAGGAACCACCAGACAAUGAUAAUCCUCAAGGAAGUUCAUCAUCGACCGAAACAGUCGAGAUCCAUCAUCGUAAUUUAUCCGAUAAACACGACGACGAUCCAGUGACGACAGACGAAGGCAUCGAACAGGACUGCGAUGUCAAAACUCAAGAUUGUGGGCAGGAAUGCUUCUCCGAGAUGCAACACCGCAACAGAAAAGGCAAGAAAAAGAAGAAGAAAAAGUCUGUGGAAAUAGUCGAGAUCAUCGAAGAAGUCGCCGAGACCAAGAAAAAGAAACGCGAUAGAAAAGACGGUCAUGAUAUCGAUGGUGUAGGUAAAAUUAAAAAGAAGAAAUAUCAGCACAAAGAAGUUGAUGGUAUUGGGUCCACUCUGGAAGACCUGCAAAUCUCCGAGUAAAUAAAUACAAUAUUAGCCGAAUUUUCUUGUUGAAGUUGUGAAUAAAAUUUUCUAUCACGUUCAGAUCUACAAAA